GUUCUUUUUUAGGCAACAUAUUAUAUUCUAUAAACAGCCUCACCUGCACGUAUAAUAAGGCAUGUAACCUUGUGUGGAUCUUGUCGUGAUCAGUAUGAUAAUAUCUCCCUGUAUUUAUUUACACAUCCGGGUGUUUCUCCACCUCAGCCGCAGCCUCCCCUUAUUGGUCGCUGUAGCUGUCUGUCAUAAUCUGGGUCUGUCCCAGCAGUGACGUUAGACGAGGCUACCACGAACACAAAGACAACAACAAAGACGGACGGAGGAAAAGGACAGCUUUUAGUGAUCGCUGCUGCUGGAUACCUGACAACAUCACUCCUUGACCAUUACACAAGCACACUAGAAAGAGGACAACCGUUUCAUGAUAUGAAAAACAUUACCAUCAAGCACACAAGUCAAUAUAUGUCAAGAUUCGCUCUGAGCAGAUUCGUUUCAGGUGGUGUAGUUUCCUCGUGGUUGCUGUGUGGAGCCUGCCGCCACACACCCACUCCUCAACAACGACGGCUUUUGCUUGCAUCUUCCAGUGCUUCUUCUGUCAGCAAGUUCAGCAGAGCUGCUGCUCGUCCGCCGCUAGCCCGGACGCCGCAGCCCCCGGCACAUCAGCCAAUCACAGCCCAGAGCCCCGCCCAUGUGACAUGGUGAAGAUGACCAAGUCGAAGACGUUUCAGGCCUACCUGCCCUCGUGUCAUCGCACCUACAGCUGUAUACACUGUCGGGCACACCUGGCCAACCACGACGAACUCAUCUCUAAGUCAUUCCAAGGAAGCCAGGGGAGAGCCUACCUCUUUAACUCUGUUGUGAACGUGGGCUGUGGGCCGGCAGAGGAGCGGGUUCUCCUAACAGGUCUACAUGCCGUCGCUGACAUCUACUGUGAAACCUGUAAAACCACUCUGGGAUGGAAAUACGAACAUGCAUUUGAGAGCAGUCAGAAGUACAAGGAGGGGAAGUUCAUCAUCGAGCUGGCUCACAUGAUUAAAGACAAUGGUUGGGAGUGACAUCGCUUCCUGUCUCCGGCCCGUUAAUGACCUCUGACCUAUCAGAGCUCUGGAUCUAUCAGACUUCACAGAGCGACAACCAAUCACCAUCAACCACCCACCGUGCCGCCCCCUCCUAACACACGCACAAACACACCCACACACACACAGUCCCUGCUGGUUGUGAAACUGAACAUGAUGCUGUUGAACUGGAGAGAUGACUAGCCUAUUGGGGGUUGGACCUUCAGUGAAGACCAUGUGAUCUCACCAGCCAAUGACAGACAGCUGGACUUUAAUUGGCUCCUCCUUCAUCAACCAGGCCCCACCCACCUCACUGGCGUUGGCACUUAGUUACACGGCUGCCAUAGCGAUGUGAGAGAGAGGAUAACAUGAUAACGUUCUACUACCCUCUUCCUCCUCUGACCCGGGAGGAAGAGGAGGUGUUGCAGGAAGGAAGGGGACAGGGUGGCACAGUGGGGGGGGGGUGUUUCUCCU